GGAAUUAAUCCCCACCCGUUUUCCCUUCCAAACUCCAAAGACACGAUUGUAGUUGGAUUAAUUCCCACCCCACAACCCCCCACCACAAGAACUUGUUCGAUCGAAUUCUUCUUCAACUACCCGCCGCGGGAACCCAAGGAAGGAGGCAAAGCAAAGGCUUCUCGCAGGUUCGCAUCCUCCGGAACCAUCCACUCCUCUCAUCCCGCUCGGAGUUUGACCUCUCCCGACCUGAGAUCCGAUUGAAUCGGGUUUCCCGUCAGCGGCUUCUGCGGCGGGCGCCAUGAACAGCAGCAAGCAGGCGCUGAUUUACAGCUUCGUGGCCAAGGGCUCCGUCGUGCUGGCGGAGCACACGGCCUUCUCCGGCAACUUCAGCACCGUUGCCGUCCAGUGCCUCCAGAAGCUUCCCCCCAACAGCACCAGAUCCACCUACUCCUGUGACGGCCACACCUUCAACUUCCUCGUCAACCGCGGCUUCGUGUUCCUAGUGGUCGCCGAUGAGGCGGCCGGGAGGAGCGUCCCCUUCGUCUUCCUAGAGAGGGUUAGGGAAGACUUCAUGCAGCGGUAUGGGUCCAGUAUCGAUGAGGAGGGGCAGCACCCGCUCGCUGAUGAUGCUGAUGAGGAUGACUUUCUGUUCGAAGACCGGUUCAGCAUUGCCUACAACCUUGACCGUGAAUUCGGCCCGAGGUUGAAGGACCAUAUGCAGUAUUGUGUUAAUCAUCCAGAGGAAAUUAACAAGCUCUCCAAGGUGAAAGCCCACCUAUCGGAUGUCAAAGGGAUCAUGAUGGACAACAUUGAGAAGAUAUUGGAUCGCGGGGAGAAGAUUGAGCUUUUGGUGGGUAAGACAGAGACCCUACAGUCACAGGCGGACAGCUUCCACAGGCAUGGCAGAGAGUUGAGGCGAAAGAUGUGGCUUCAGAACCUGAGGUUUAAGCUGAUGGUGGGUGGCGGCAUUGCGGCUCUGAUCCUUAUCAUUUGGCUGAUGGUCUGCAGGGGAUUCAAAUGUUAGAGCACACCAAGUUGCUCGCCUUUUUUUUUUCUUUUCAGGCGUUUGAUAUGCACAGACUUUCAACCAAAUUGUGUUUUCAGUGUCACGGUAUCGCAAUGUAGUGGACUUCAAUCCCCGCAGUCUUUCCCAUGUUCCAUUACUUCCAUAUGAUAAUGGUAAAAGGUAGGAAGCUGGAGUACGCGGUCAGAACUGUCUGGAGGAGAUAUGACAUCACGACUUAAAUAUCUGUACAUUCCAAAAAUGCAAGCUCCUAUUAUUUCGGUACCUUCUGUACUGGUGCCAACGAUCAUUGUAAAUGCAUUACGCACUUUGGUGUAUGUGUGA